UUUUGAUUUUAAACCGUCAAUUACCUGUCAGCAAGUGUAAUUGAUACUUGGUGUUUUCAUUUAUUUGCAAAUCAAGAGAAGGGCGUAGAAUUCUCAUCCGAUCACUCCUAAAGCCAAGUGUAAAGAUCUUCAUAUGGCUUACUUGUUUAACAUAUUUGCAUUUGUUGUCAUUGGAAUUGCCGGUUCUCAUUUCCGAGGUACUUCUGCGGAAGCCAACUCAUCGACACGCCAUUGGAGAAAAAAACCUAUUCACCAGCUGAAUCUCACCGUAGCCUGGAUUGAAAGACCUCCAUAUUUAAAUUCCCCUUCUAACGAAUCCAUUGAAGACGAAGUCGCUGGGUUGUUUCGAGAUGUAGUUUUAAAGUAUUUGAUUUCUGAAUGUGGUUAUACCGAUGAAAACUACAGAUACAUUUACAAUGUGAGAACAAAGAAAGCUCAAAGUGAAUUUGAAAUGAUCGAGCUGUUGAGGCGAGACGAAGCGCACAUAGCUGCUCCUAUAUUCAAACAACAACACGAUGAGCAUUACAGUGAGUUUCUAUUUUUCAAAGUGCUCAAUUAUCCCGGAACCGAAUACAUAACAACGGCUGAAGAGGAAACCAGAGCUAUCAUUGUAGUAUUUAAUUCUUUGCUGAAGUCUUGGCCUUUGCUUGCCUUUACACUGAUCCUCACGGCCAUAGCUGGAAUUAUCAUCUGGGUACUUGAUUCAUAUUGGAACAGUGAAGAGUUUUCGCGUUCAUUCUUCAGAGGCUCCUGGGAUGGUUUUUGGUGGUCUUUCAUUUCCAUGACAACCGUAGGAUAUGGAGACAAGGCUCCAAAAUCUGUUCUGGCUCGUAUAUUCUCGGUCAUCUGGAUCCAGUUUAGCCUUAUAAUCAUGGCUGUCUUCACGGCAAAUGUAACAUCUGCAUUGACAGCUCUUUCUUUGCAUCUAGAACCAACAAGCCUUGAUGCCGUUGAUGUUGCAGUGUUGAGCAAUGGAACCGAAUACCAAUAUGCGCUGGAGGAAAAUGCACGUCCGAAGGUGUUUAACAGCAUCAAUGACGCCAUUGAAGCACUGGAAUCAAAGCAAGUCAACGGAAUGUUAUUAGACCGCUACGCUGCUUCCUAUUAUCAAAGAGAUGGCAAACUGGAAUCCCUUAUAACUGUGAAGAAGUUAGAUCUACAAAGAGACAUAGGAGCGCUGUUUCAUAAGAACCGAAAGGCGCUUGCCGAGUGCUUAACAAACAAUUUCCGUUCAGACAUAUGGAGAUCGGUUCAAGGCAUUACUGACUCAUACAAGCUAACACAAGAAAGGCCUCCGACAAGCUUCAAUCUCUUUGACGAAUCCUCCCCAUUCGUCGGAAAUUCCAUGUAUACAUCACUUGGAGUGUUGGCUAUUUUGCUUGUUAUUGGUAUGUCGUGGGAAGUGCUCAUUAGACUGAAAGGAAAAGGAAAAGGAAAUGUCACCAUGCACGUGGAUGAAGUCAUUAAUAAAGGACGGGUCUUAGAAGGAGAUACAGUUCGCGCCGAACUUGAAGUAAUGCGACGGCUCCUGCGCACCACACAGGAACAGUUUGACAAACUGGAGUCCAAAGUUUUUAAUAUUAGACUGAAAUGACACUGAUCAGAAAAGCUGUUAAUCCAUGUAACAAAUCGAUUCCAUGUUUCCGUACAUUUGUUCAGUAAUAGAUCACAGGAGGUGCAGCCAAUUGUGUCAUGCACCGAUGUUCUAACCACAUUUUUACGUCUACUGUGAUCUUCUAUUUCACAGACCUACGGCAACAUGGAAUCUAUUUGAUUUAUAUGAUGAAAAAGCAAAAUGUUGCUAAUGCUGACGUCGUAUAUUCGUCUAUCUUCCCAAUGUAU